UAAUGUAAAAGUCACGUGACACGGAAGUACCUAGAUUCGAUUUUUAUUGACAAGCUGAAGCUCAUCUAAAAAAAAAAGAAGUAACGUUAACUAUAUAAAAAUAAUCAAGCGGCAAGGAUGAUCAAGGCUAUUCUCAUUUUUAACAACCAUGGCAAACCCAGGCUCAUCAGAUUCUACCAAUAUUUUGCAGAAGACAUGCAACAACAGAUCAUUAGAGAGACCUUUCAUCUGGUGUCCAAACGAGAUGACAAUGUCUGCAAUUUUCUGGAGGGCGGAAGUUUGAUCGGAGGCUCUGAUUACAAGCUGAUCUACAGACACUAUGCCACCCUGUACUUUGUGUUUUGUGUGGACUCAUCAGAGAGCGAGCUGGGGAUUCUGGAUCUCAUUCAGGUCUUUGUGGAAACCCUGGACAAAUGCUUUGAGAAUGUGUGUGAACUGGACUUAAUCUUUCACAUGGAUAAGGUUCAUUACAUUCUCCAGGAAGUUGUUAUGGGUGGGAUGGUUCUGGAAACUAACAUGAAUGAAAUAGUUGCCCAAGUGGAGCUGCAGAACAGAAUGGAGAAAUCGGAGGGUGGUCUGUCUGGCGCACCAGCACGAGCUGUUUCUGCUGUGAAAAAUAUGAACCUUCCUGAAAUACCCCGUAACAUAAAUAUCGGGGACAUCAAUAUAAAAGUGCCCAGUCUCUCCCCGUUUUGAGUUUGCAUGUCUGAUCAGUGUGUUUUUGUGUGUGUUGUUACUUUGUUGACAUUCAUUGCCAUAGAUACUGUAGAUAUUGCCAUUUAUGGACUUAUGACUGACCAUCACCUGAGGACUCUUAAAAGUCCGGAGCACACUACUGGGUCCAGUCAUUUACAGUGUACUUUUUCAAUUUCAGACUUUGGUUUGCAGACAAACCGUUUCCAAUUUUGAUUUAAGUGUUGAACAGUAUUUUGUCUGUGAUGUAGCAAAAUUCCAGAAUACUGUACUAACGUGUCAUUGAUGCCAACAGACCGACUACUAAUGUCACACAUUAAUAAUUUAUUAAAUGUUACUUGGUCAUUAAAAAGGUUUUUGUCCAAAUUCAAGUCUUACUUUUAAAAAAAAAGGUUUUUAUUUAUUGCUUAAUAAAUGAAAAGAGUUCUUCA